AUGGGUGCUUUAUUUUCAUUGUGCACAGUUGGUCAACUGGCAUGUUGUUGCGGUCAAGCAGCAUGCUCCCUCUUUGCGUGUUGCCCGUCCUGCGGCAAUUCUACUUCGACAAAAGUGAUGUACGGCCUCAUGUUACUCGUAGCUAUCGUUUUAAGUUGUAUCACAUUGGCCCCUGGACUACAAUCAUUUUUACAAAAGGUACCAUUUUGUGAGGGUGAUCACAACUCUGGCUUGACUAGUAACUAUGUCAGUACUAUAUCUGGCGUUUCAAUUGAUUGUAAAAAUGCUGUUGGCUACAUGGCGGUGUAUAGAAUUUGUUUUGCCAUGUUCAUAUUCUUUACACUCUUGUCAUUUAUUAUGAUGGGUGUGAAAAAUUCUCGAGAUGGAAGAGCCCCCAUACAAAACGGAUUUUGGGGAUUGAAAUAUCUCAUUGUGUUUGCUGGUAUUGUAGGUUCAUUUUUCAUAGCGCCAGGAAGCUUUAGUCAUAUAUGGAUGAUUUGUGGUAUGAUUGGAGGUUUCAUUUAUCUUAUCCUCCAGUUUGUACAAGUUUUAGAUUCUGCUCAUUCAUUGGCUGAAUCAUGGCUGGACAAAUGGGAACAAACUGAAGAUAAAAAAUGGUAUUUUGCGUUACUAUUUACUACAGUUGUAUCAUAUGGACUAGCAAUUACUGGAGUUAUUUUUAUGUAUCACAGUUUUACCCAGGAAAAUGGAUGUGCUUUGAAUAAAUUUUUCAUCAUAUUAACGGUCGUAAUAUGCUUAAUUAUUAGUUCGAUAUCAAUUACUUCAUGUGUACAACGUGUUCAUGAAAAAUCAGGGUUAUUGCAAUCGUCUAUUGUUAGCUUGUAUGUAGUGUAUCUUACUUGGUCGGCACUCAAUAGUGGUCCAGAAACUCAAUGUAAUAAGAGCUUGUCAGAAGUCUUGAGUUUGUCCAAUUCAGAUGGUUCUAAAGUUCAUUUGGGUUCAGAAAAUUUCAUCAGCAUAGGCAUUUUUGUUUUAUUUGUACUAUACUCGGCUAUAAAAACAGGAUCAUCCUCAAAAUUCUCCAUGAGUACUUCUACUGAAAGAAUAGGCAAUGAUAGUGAUCUUGAAGGAGGACCUGUAUCGGACAACGAUGAUAACUCUGGUAAACUAUUUGAUGAUGAAAAAGAAGGAGUUGCUUAUUCAUGGUCAUUUUAUCACUUCACAUUUGCAAUGGCCACUUUAUUUCUGAUGAUGACACUCACAAAUUGGUAUUCACCUAACUCCAGCUUAGACAACCUUCAUCCAGAUUAUGCUUCUACAUGGAUUAAGAUAUUAUCUUGUUGGGUUUGUGCUGGGCUUUAUGUUUGGACAUUAGUGGCACCAAUUAUAUUACCAGAACGUGAAUUUUAA